UCCUUCAGAGUUUGGGGGAAAAAAAAAUCUGGGAAAUCGUGGGUCUGGGUUUAGCAGCGCUUGGGAAGCGAAGCGGACCUCUUUCCCUGUGUGGGGUCAGUCCGGCGGUCCCGCGCACCUAGCACCAUGGAGAUGUGGCCUCGUCUCGGGGCCACCUGUUUGCUGGGCUUCAGUUUCCUGCUUCUGGUCACCACUUCUGAUGGACACAUUGGGCUUGGAAAGGGUUUUGGGGAUCAUAUUCACUGGAGAACACUAGAAGAUGGGAAGAGAGAAGCAGCUGCCAGUGGAUUACCUUUGAUGGUGAUUAUCCAUAAGUCUUGGUGUGGAGCUUGCAAAGCUUUAAAGCCCAAAUUUGCAGAAUCUACAGAAAUUUCUGAACUUUCCCAUAAUUUUGUUAUGGUAAAUCUUGAGGAUGAAGAGGAACCCAAGGAUGAAGAUUUCAGCCCUGAUGGGGGUUAUAUUCCACGAAUUCUUUUCUUAGAUCCUAGUGGCAGGGUGCAUCCUGAAAUCAUCAAUGAGAAUGGAAACCCCAGCUACAAAUAUUUCUACAUCAAUGCUGAGCAAGUUGUUCAGGGGAUGAAGGAAGCUCAGGAAAGACUGACAGGUGAUGCCUUCAGAGAGAAACAUUUUGAAGAUGAAUUGUAACACAGAUGUAUCCCUUCCUUCAUCAAAGAUAGUGUUCUGGAAGGAAAGCAGCAGAGGAGGGAAUAUUGAGGAACUGCUCAGAACAGUUAAAGUGACUGGGAAACCUUGCUUCUUCCUACAUUGGAAGGAGCUCUCUUACUGUGGAAGAGAUGUUAAAAGAAGGUGGUCUGCAUGUUUGUGGAUCCAGCAGAGUGUGGCAGACUUCCUUUUGCUCCCUAUCACCUAAAUGUCCAUAUGUCUUUGAAUGUAAAGGAUGAAACCUGACACAGAACUUGGGCCACUUGGAGGUUAAUACCUCACACUUCAGUAUUUGAGUCUUUUCCCAUUUCCUCCUGCUUUGCUCACCGUGGUGGUGAAAGGAGACUAGUAGCAUCUUUUCUGCAAUGUUAAAAUGGCCAGAAUAGCAAUUUUUAAGAAAAGAGUAAAUCCUAAAUGUAAAUCAGUAAUUCUAUCCCCUGUCAAGGAGACCAGCCUGUUUUUUGUCUUUUUCUCUUGAGAAUAAUCCUGGGCUUCUUCCUGAAUCCCUGCAUCCUCCUUCCUCUUUUCCUGCUCAGGCUUCCCUGUUAGCACGCAUGCGUGUGCAGGAAUGGCUAUGUGCUUGGACUGAGCCCCAACUGGAAGCAUGCUUUCCCUUGUUACUGUUGGAGAAACUCAAACCUUCAAGCCCUAGGUGGAGCCAUUUUUGUCAAGUCAUCGAUGAUAUUUUUGUAUUGGGGUUAAUCCCCCCCCACACCAAAAAAAAAAAAAAAGAUAAAAUAUUAAUUGUUUGUUAAA